AUGUAUGACCUGUUGGAUUUCAUGGGAGAAGGCGUUUAUGGAGAGGUGUUCAAAGCCCUCAACAAACGCACAGGAGAAGUUGUGGCCUUAAAACAGGUAAAAAACAUAAAGCGUGCGUCAUAUUUCUGGCUUCGUGAACUCAGAAUGCUGCGUACCAUCGGCAGCCUGGAUGCAGACUCUAGCAAUUGUAUCUGUUUGAACAACUGCUUCAAAUCUGCUGAUGGCGACCACUUCAUGGAGUUUGAAAUGUUGGACCAGAACGUCCUCCAGUUCAUGGAGAAGAGAGACGCCCCAUUCUCUUUAAAAGAACUCCGGCCCAUGGCUAAAGGCCUCCUCGAGGCUUUGGACAGUCUGCGGUCUGUCGGUGUCAUUCACACUGAUAUAAAACUAGACAACAUUAUGUUUGUGGAUCAGGAAGCAAAGCCGUUCAAAGUUAAACUGAUUGACUUUGGCGUGGCAGAGUUUAGAAAGGAGAUGCAUAUUGGGGACUCUAUACAGCCGUUAGCUUACCGUGCCCCAGAAGUCAUCCUGGGCCUGCCACUGUCCGAGGCCGUGGACAUAAAGGUUUUCCUGGAUCUUCUAAAGAAAAUGCUGGAGGUGGACCCAGAGAAAAGGAUCACUCCAGCUGAGGCGCUCCUGCACCCCUUCAUCACCAUGAGCCACUUUAUACCCGCUUUAGCCUACAUAGCAAACUCAGAGCAACUACUGGGCUACAAACCGAAAAGCAGUGGCAUGUCAGAUAGUUCUGACGAUGAGGCCUCAGGGAAUGAAAACGACAGUAUACAAGCUUCAAAGGAAAUUCGGUACGAACAGAGGGACGUGAAUGCGGACGAUGGAUUUGGAAAGCUAUGGAUUCACAAAGCAGGGAAGACUGAAACUCACCAGAGACAUGGCGUUACCUGGGACACGACAGCAUGA